AAUCUAAACGCCACCCUCCCUCCUCCUCUUUAAUACCCUCCCUCUUCGAUUUCCUACACCUCAUCUUGUUCUGAAGCUCGCAUUUCUCUCUGGCCUCAACAAUGGCCGACACCCCCAUUACCAAGAUGGGCUUCCUUCUAAUCACCUACAUUCUCUUCACCCUGGCCUUCCCUUCACAUGCUCAGAUUUCCAAGAAAACUUACAUAAUCCAAAUGGAUAAGUCCGCAAUGCCUCGAGCCUUUUCCAACCACCUCGAAUGGUAUUCCUCAAAGGUGAAAUCAGUACUGAGUAAGUCCCUUGAAGCUGAAAAUGAGGAGCAAGAGAGAAUAAUCUACAGCUACCAAGCUGCAUUCCAUGGCGUCGCGGCUAAACUAAGCGAAGAGGAAGCUGAGAGGCUAGAGGAAGACGAUGGGGUUCUCGCCAUUUUCCCAGAAACUAAGUAUGAGCUUCACACCACACGAAGCCCCACGUUCUUAGGGCUCGAACCAGCACAAAGCACGAACCUUUGGUCGCAGACGACGGCUGACCAUGACGUCGUUAUUGGGGUCUUAGACACAGGGAUUUGGCCAGAGAGUGAGAGCUUCAACGACACGGGUAUGAGACCCGUACCUUCUCACUGGAAAGGAAGCUGCGAAACUGGACGAGGAUUCACAAAGCGUCACUGUAACAGAAAAAUUGUGGGUGCGAGAGCGUUCUACCACGGCUAUGAAGCUGCAAUGGGUAAAAUCAACGAGCAAAGCGAGUUCAAAUCUCCUAGAGACCAAGAUGGCCAUGGGACCCACACUGCGGCUACAGUUGCUGGGUCUCCAGUUCAUGGGGCUAAUCUCUUGGGCUAUGCUUAUGGCACAGCGAGGGGGAUGGCACCGGGAGCUAGAAUUGCUGCUUAUAAAGUGUGUUGGGUUGGUGGGUGUUUUAGUUCAGAUAUUCUAUCUGCUGUUGAUAAGGCUGUAGCUGAUGGGGUUAAUGUUUUGUCAAUUUCUUUGGGUGGUGGAGUUUCCUCUUAUUACCGUGAUAGUUUAUCUGUUGCUGCAUUUGGGGCUAUGGAGAUGGGUGUUUUUGUUUCUUGCUCUGCAGGAAAUGCAGGGCCUGACCCUAUUAGUCUCGCAAAUGUGUCUCCUUGGAUCGCUACGGUUGGAGCAAGCACAAUGGAUAGAGAUUUCCCUGCUAAAGUGAAGCUUGGAAAUGGAAGAAGAAUGACUGGAGUAUCACUCUACAGAGAAAGAAAAAUGCUUUCCUCUAAGAAACAAUACCCUUUGGUUUACAUGGGAAGCAGUAACUCAAGCAGCCUUGACCCUAGAUCUUUGUGUUUGGAAGGAACCUUAGAUCCCAAACAGGUUAGAGGGAAAAUUGUGAUUUGUGACAGAGGAAUUAGUCCUAGAGUUCAGAAGGGUCAGGUGGUGAAAAAAGCAGGAGGGGUAGGAAUGAUUCUUACAAAUACUGCAACUAAUGGAGAAGAACUUGUUGCAGAUUGUCACCUCCUUCCUGCACUUGCUAUUGGAGAGAAAGAAGGCAAGGAGCUGAAGCAUUAUGUCUUGACUAGCAAGAAAGCCACUGCAAGUCUUCACUUUCUUGGCACAAGAUUGGGGAUUAGGCCAUCUCCUGUUGUGGCAGCAUUUUCAUCAAGGGGGCCCAAUCUUCUUACCCUUGAGAUUCUGAAACCUGAUAUGGUGGCUCCUGGUGUGAACAUUCUUGCUGCUUGGAGUGGGGUCAUCGGACCCUCUAGUUUGGCUACCGAUCGCCGGAGAGUUAAGUUCAACAUACUCUCUGGAACUUCCAUGUCAUGCCCACACGUAAGUGGGGUUGCAGCUUUGCUCAAGGCAAAGCACCCGGAAUGGAGUCCAGCCGCCAUAAAAUCUGCCCUCAUGACGACAGCUUAUGUUCACGACAAUACUCUUAAUCCUCUAAAAGAUGCCUCAUCAGCUGAAUCUUCAUCCCCAUAUGAUCAUGGGGCUGGACACAUCAACCCCAGAAAAGCCCUUGACCCGGGUUUGAUCUAUGACAUUCAGCCACAAGAUUACUUCGACUUCCUAUGUACACAGAAGCUAUCUCGGACCCAGUUGGGAGUUUUUGCUAAAUACUCGAACAGAACUUGUGGGCGCUCUCUUGCAAGUCCAGGGGACUUAAAUUACCCUGCUAUCUCAGUUGUGUUUCCAGAGAGAACAGCCAUUUCAGCUCUGACUGUUCACAGGACUGUCACCAAUGUUGGCCCUCCUAACUCCAAAUACCAUGUCAUGGUUUCACCAUUCAAGGGUGCUUCCGUUAAAGUUGAGCCUGACGUCUUGCAUUUUACCAGCAAGAACCAGAACCUGUCCUACAAGGUUACCUUCACAAGAAAAUCUAGGCAACCUGGUCCUGAAUUUGGAGGUCUGGUUUGGAAGGAUGGAGUUCACAGGGUGAGAAGUCCUAUAGUUAUAACAUGAGUUUCGCUGGGAAUAAUUCUUGCAACUUCUGUAGGAUUGCUCUGUUUGCAAUAAGCUAUCUGUUUCUGCAAUUUUUAAUCCGCCUCCAGUUUUUUUUCCGUUAGAAGGAAAUGCUUGUUAUUUUUGCUUCUAAUAAUGAUCUGGCGUGCCUACAUCUCCCAUCAGCUUAGAACUAAUCCAUCUGCAGAUUCAAGCAGUAUAUGACAUAGGGGAACGAAAGGGCCAUCAAAGUUCGACAGAAUGGAAAUUGUUGCUUGAUCCUCAAA